AUGGCCGUAUCAGCAACUCCUCCGGUUCUUUCACCGACCUCGACUCCGGUCUCCGGUAGCUUGUUCCGCCCCGAUCCUCUGUACACAAGCCCAGCCGAGUCCCCACGACUGACCAGCAGUAUGAUCAACUCUUUCAUCAGCGGCGGAGGCGGCGGCGGCGGCGGCGGCGGUGGAAACGCGAAUGGGUCCAGUGGUAAUAACGAGUGCAAAAUGGUUGAGGUCCACGGGGUUAAAGUAGCCUCUUUCAUUGUGGACGGACAGGAGCUCAUCUGUCUGCCGCAGGUCUUCGACCUAUUUCUCAAGCACCUAGUCGGCGGGCUGCACACCGUCUACACCAAGCUGAAGCGACUGGAUAUAGUUCCCGUCGUGUGCACAGUGGAACAGGUCCGGAUCCUGCGUGGACUCGGGGCGAUACAACCCGGCGUGAACCGCUGUAAGCUCAUCACCCGAAAGGACUUCGAGGCUCUAUAUAACGACUGCACAAAUGCCAGUUCCAGACCCGGGCGUCCUCCGAAGCGUUCUCUGGGAGUGUCGAUGCAGGAGAGCUCGCGGCUCCUCCCUCACGGCGUUCACGGCCUCCUGUCCCCGGGCCUUUUGUCUCCUACAGGGCUGACGGCCGCAGCGAUGGCGGAGGCCAUGAAGCUGCAGAAGAUGAAGUUGAUGGCCAUGAACAGCAUCCACGGAGCUGCCAGCCAAAACGGCACAGAGUCUGAGAACGAUGAGCUCAACUCCAAUGCAGGCGGCAGCGAGUCCUCCUGGGACAAAGAGAAGCUGCAGUCGCCCCCUUCCUCCGGAGCCCAGCAUGGGCUGACUCACAGCAGUCUUCCUUCCCAGCCCAGCUCUGGUCUGACCAGUCCACACCUCAACCCCCUUCAGCAGAGCCAUCUCCUGGCCAACCGUUUAGACCUACCCUUCAUGAUGAUGCCCCACCCCUUGCUGCCCGUCAGUCUACCACCCGCCUCCGUUGCCAUGGCGAUGAACCAGAUGAACCACUUGAACACCAUCGCCAACAUGGCUGCGGCGGCUCAGAUGCACAGCCCUCUGUCCCGGGCGGGAGCAUCAGUCAUCAAGGAGUGUGUUCAGGACAGUCCAUCGCCGACUCCGUCUCUAGAAGAGCCGCCGCGUCCUGGAUCCCAGCCCUCCUCCCAGCCCAGCAGCAGUGCCUCCAGCUCCCCCAACCCACACACACACACACACUCACAGAGUCCUGAACGACUGGUGCUGAAUCCAGCUGAUGGAGAAAUCGGAGACAGAGAUGCAGGCGUCACUAUGAAGAAAAUUCUCAAAGAGAAAGACGAGGCCCAGCUGGCCUUGCCCCUGUUAAAGCCUGGCUUUGAGAAGCUGCCUCUGGGCGCUCAGACUCUUCCUCCUGGUUUUCCCGCCCCCUUCCUCUUCGCCGACGGCCUCUCUUCUGUGGAAACACUGCUCACCAACAUACAGGGUCUUCUGAAGGUGGCCGUGGAUAACGCCCGUGUGCAGGAGAAACAGGUGCAGCAGGAGAGGAAAGAACUGAAGAUGGAACUCUACAGAGAGAGAGAAAUGAGAGAGAGCCUGGAGAGACAACUCACCUCUGAACUGCAUAGCCGAGCCACCAUUCAGAGGCGACUAAAGAAGGAGAAGAAGGCGAAGAGGAAACUGCAGGAGGCUCUGGAGUUUGAGUCCAAACGGAGAGAGCAGGUGGAACAAGCGCUCAAACAAGCCACUUCCCCCGAGACCCUGCGCAUGAGCCUCAACGAGGCUGUGAUUCCAGAGGUGGAGGCAGAGCAUAACGGCAACCAGCAGGAGAACUCAGCUGUACAAGAGAACAGACCCUACUCCAAACCUCCCAUCAUGUACUGAAAUGGACCCCGCCCCUCCUCCUUCCGGUUCCGACACCUCCACCCCA